CUGAAGUGAACGUGAUUAGCGUCUGCUAGAGCCAGAGUCCGUGAAAGCGAAACCGAUCAUGUGCCGAGAAGCUUUUUUUGUAUGCAAAUAGAACUAGAAAACUUUGCAAAUAGAUGUUAAGCGUGGAAUGUGUAUACCAAAAUUUAUGUGAAACUAACGAAUUGAAAAGUGUCAAUCCUCGUAAUUGAAUUAUCCUAGCUGGCUUUCGUGUGGUAUCUGUGCGCAAACGCACUAUAUGAUUCAAUAAACAUUGAUCUUUGACCGACCAUGUAUAUGUCACAAAAGUUGUUUGGUCCGAUCUAGGUUAACUCUUUGCUUGAUCCUUUAUCACUUCAGCAAAAGAUAUUGAUGCUCUGUUGUAGCUCUCUUUUGCUUGCCAGUUGAUUAAUCAAAACCAUAGUAACAUUGAAAUCAUGUCAUACAAUGCCCUAGACCACCUAGCUGAUCUAACUCAAUAUCUGAAUCUAACUAAGCUGUUUGGGUCAUCUAUAGAUAUUUAUUACUCCAAUUGGUUGUCAUGGCUUUUCACACCCUUAAUCGCUGUCUCUCUUCUACCGGGAAUUAUCAUUAUAAUGCUCUACAUCACUUCUUCUCUUUUGUACAUCUACAAAUUACAUAGAUAUAGGCUACUAGAUGCAUAUGAUAAAGACAUAUGGGAUGCAGGAAGAAAGGUUGUUUCAGCAAUAUGGGAUGCAUUAGGCUGGAUUUGGCAUGGUUAUGAAAUUAUUGGAAUUGAAAAUAUUCCUCCUGGUGGUGCUCUUCUAGUAUAUUAUCAUGGAGCAGUCCCAAUAGACUUUUAUUAUAUAUGCAGUCACAUAUUAUUGUAUGAAGGUAGACUUAUCAAUCCUGUUGGAGAUAGAUUUCUUUUCAAAAUUCCAGGAUGGAGUAGUCUUUUAGAGGCGUUUGGCGUAAUACCUGGUACCGUUCAGAGCUGUGCAGCGCUUUUGAGGAAAGGGAAUCUCUUGGCCAUAGCUCCAGGAGGAGUUUAUGAAGCUCAGUUGGGUGACCAUAACUAUGAGCUUCUUUGGAGGCAACGUUUAGGUUUCGCGAAGAAAAAAAUGGCGAAUCGUAACAGAAGGGCUAAUGCUCCCGAUGUAGACAAUACUAUUGAUUUAGUUCAAGUGGAUGGCUUGGUCGUGGCGAAGAUUAUCAAGCAUUGCCAUGAAGAGGGAAGCAGCGCUGUGGAUGUUGCUCAAGGUGUUUUACUCGGACUGGUUGCUGAUACUCGUCUUGAAGUAACAAAUUGCUUCCCAUUUCCAAAAAAUCUUGAUGAAAACUUUGAUGAAGAAGAUUACCAAAUGGAAAUGAUGCGUCAUCUGAGAAAAGUCAAUGUGGAUCACCUUCAUGUUGGCUGGUAUCAAAGCACUCAACAGGGGGCUUUUCUCUCUACUCAGUUCCUUGAGUCUCAGUUUACUUAUCAGACUUCGAUUGAAGAGUCUGUUGUGCUGAUCUAUGACCCACUGAAAACCAAAAGAGGGUUUUUGCACUUAAAGGCCUACCGCUUAACUCCCCAGGCAGUUGCCCUCUACAAGGACAAUGAUUUUGGUGCUGAUGCCAUCAAAACCCAUCACUUGAGUUUUGAAAGCCUAUAUCAGGAAAUUCGACUGGUGAUCCAUAAUUCUCACUUGGUCAACGCCCUUCUGUGUGAACUCAGUGAAAUGGUUCCUUCAUACGAGGGCUCCCAAUAUCUUGAUUUAGGAACUGCGUCUGUACUUGAAAAGCACCUGAGGAGCUUAACAGAUAAUGUUGACGAGCUUUUACAGGACACGAACAAGUUCAAUAUCUAUCAACGCCAGGUCGUAAAGCAACAGCAGGAAAAACAGAAAUAUGUUCAAAAAAGGAAUUUGGAAAAUACUGCUAGACAGGCCCGUGGGGAAGCGCCGCUGCCUGACGAGGAUAUAACAAAGGUUUUCAAACCGAUUCCAGUGCCCCCGCGUUUGGAACCUAUGGUUCUCUCUGCCCAAAUUGCAGCCCAUUGUCAACAAGUAUCGCUAUUUUGUAGCCAAGCCCUAGGGAAGUUGUUUUUGUCUGAAGCGCUGCAGCAACCGCAACCUUCUCAACAAACGGUAUUGAAAGCGAUGGAAACUAGAAUGGAGAGAAAGUAUAAACAGGAAAAGAUGAAGAGUGGCCUUGAAUCAUCCAUACUUUCUGCAAUUGCAGACGGAGAUGAAGAACUGGUCAGUGCUUACUCAAGAAUGUCUUUAGAUCCCGUUGCAAGAGCUGGGCGAAUAGACGAAAAAAUCGUGAACUCGGUUUGUAGCAAAGCAAACAUGAAUAUGGAGCGAAUCGCACGCCUAAUAAGUCAGGCUCGUCAUAUUGGCAUUUGUUUUCUAUUGGAUACAACUGGAAGCAUGUGUUCCUACAUUAAUGGAGUGAAAGAACAAAUCGUCGAGAUAGUUGCGCGUUUGGAGGCAAGCGGUUGCGGAAUAGAAGGAUUAGCAUUUGUGGGCUACAAAGAUUGGUGUGACGGGAUAAACCAUUUUGAAAUACUUCCUUUCACCAAGUCUAUUUCUGAAUUUAAGUCAUUUGUUGCCACAAUCUGCGCAAAAGGAGGUGGAGAUUUUCCGGAAGAUGUUCUUGGAGGACUCAGUCGGGCAAUAUCUCUUAAUUGGCCACUAAAUAGUGGUACCAGAAUAAUUUUCCAUCUUGGUGACGCUCCACCUCACGGGAAAACUAUUUUUCAUGACGGUCGUCAUAGAGAUGAUUACGAAAACGGCCAUCCCCACGAUCCACCACUUGAGGAGCUUUUUCGAUACAUGCAUCGCAAGAAAUUGAUGUACUAUUUCGGCCGUAUAAAUGGAGAUUGCGACAGGAUGAUAGCGACCUUUGAAAGAUACUACGGUGGAAAAAUAGAAACCCUGGACAGCGCAGAAGUCUGUAACAUUUUGCGUUCAGUAACGGAAAGCGUAAUGAGGUCAGUCUCUGUCACUCAACGUUCUGAUUUUCCUACUACGGUUGACAAGGAAUCACUACCAUUCAGCAUAGAGAAAAAAGAACCAAACUGGGCACAACUUUUGCGUUUAGAUGGCACUAUUUUAACUUUAGAAUUACCGACAUCGGUUGAAGAAAUAACUUCUUUUGCCAAACUACAGGAUAAAAUUAAGAAGUGCCGACUGCAGAUUGCUCCGAAUCCUUUUGCCAAAGGGUCGGUUCGUUUGGCUUACUUCGGCAAAAUUUAUUAUUCGUCGUCAAAGGACUCUAAUUCAUCGGCAUCCGAAAUUGUUGAUGACGCUGUAUUUAAAGAAAUUAUUUCGCUACCGAAAGUAGCAGAUCUUGAUCGCUGGCGUUACAUGACUGAUCUUGAAGCACAGACAGUUGCAGCUAAACUGGCGAUCGAAUUUAAUAGUAGACUGUUCAGAACCCAGCAAAACCCCAACAUCAAAACGAAAUUUUUAAUGACCAAACUUGUUCGUGUUUUCAAAAAAGAAGAUGUCGCUCCGCGUUAUUUAGCUUACGAGCAAAGAUUCCGGGGAAAUCCUAACAUGGUCAAGUAUACAAACAACGUAGACUUCGUUCAUGAUGCAGAAUCUUUGGACGAAAAUGGCCGCAAAAAGCUCGAAAUUGCUUUAGCGUUUUCCCAUUUCAGCCACGAUAUCACUGAUGGAUAUUUGCUCGUUUGUGAUUUGCAGGGAGUUUCCUAUGUAGACGCGAAAGGGAAAGAAAUUCUGUUACUGACGGACCCCGCUAUUCAUUGUUCAAAGCACAUUCGCUUUGGGAAAACCAAUCUAAGCUCGAUUGGCAUAAACAAGUUCUUUAAAAAGCAUGUAUGCAAUAAAUAUUGUCUAGCAUUAGGAUUGAAGAUGCCAAGUGGAUAAGCAGUCUGAGAAAACACUUACAAAAAUUCCCUUUUCUCGCGUGGAUUUGCACCAGGUUACCACAUAGUCUGUUUUUAUAUGGUUUUCUUUGAUGAUGUUGUGAUUUGGCUACAAAUCAUAAACACCUUACAAGUUCGCAUUAAUCGUAUUUUACUCUUGUUUCACAGUCAAAUAAAACUCAGUUAUUCGCAUU